AUGCUGAUCAGUGCAUGGUUUAAUGUUUCAACUGACCCUAUAGCUGGUACCGAUCAAAAGGGGGAAACAUUUUGGAGUCGAAUUCAUAGCUACUGUGUAGAAUUUUGCUCCGACAUGACAAGGGGGGUAGUUGCAUGUAAGAAACGAUGGUAUAAGAUUAACAAGGCUGUUGCACAAUUUGCUAGUUGCUAUGAUCAAGCUAGUCGAAACAUUAGGAGUGGUUCGAACGCUGAUGAUAUAAAGGAGUUGGCCAAUAAACUUUAUUCCACAAAUUAUGGUCAAAAAUUCACUUUUGAGAGGCAUUGA